AUGUCAAAUGGCUAAGAUUUAAUUGAACGAGAUUGUACAUGGAUAUUUAAACUUUCAUUCAAAUCUUAAUUGAUUAUAUUUGAACAACUGAUAACAGUUUAACGGAAAACAAAAUACAAAUAUCAGCGCAAAUACUCUUUUAACUUUUACAGGACCUACUGGGCUAGCACUACUGUCUAAAAACGCCAUGUUGAAUUUUUGAACUUUUUCAGAGUUAAACAUAAGAUAACAUGGCUACACACGGAUCAUUUUUUCUCUUUUGUUAUAUAAUUAUACUGUCAGUAUUUCAGUUGAGGGCGGAGCGUUCUACGUCUGUUACAGUGACCGAGACAGCGUCUAACGGUACAGUUCUUCUUCAGAGAAAUGAGACCGCUAGCUGCAAUGUGACGUCACUGGAUCAGAGCUAUAUUAAAUUCACUGACAAGAACGUCCUCGUGAUCUCAAAACCUUUGGACCUAGAAGUUCUAAAGGAUGCGAAAUUAACUGUUAAUUAUACAUGUGGCAGCAUCCGAAAGACUCUAACUAUCAAUAUCACACCGGUAAAUGAAUUUGAUCCAGUUUUUAAUAGAUCGCCUUUCUACAUAAACGUCAAAGAAGAAAUUGCCAUUGGGACACAAGUUCUAUUCCUCGGCGACAAAUGCACUGAUGCUGACAAAAUAAAAUAUGGAAAUGUGUCUUUGUUUGGCUUGCACCUUUUUGGCAUCACUGCUUUUGAUGGUAGAGGACAUUUUACAAUCGACAAUAAAACUGGAAGCAUAACAACUAGUACUGAGUUAGAUUACGAAAAUCUUCCAUUGAGAAAUUAUUUCGUUCUAAACGUUUCAGCGCAGGAUGACGGUGGCCGUAUUACAUUUACCACGGUGAAUAUAACUGUAGAGGACAUUGACGAUAAUUCACCAGAGUUUAGACUCGCGUCAUGUCGAGAUACAUCGCAACAAUGUCGUGUGACAGAAUAUUCAGCUAUAACACAUAGAUUCUAUCAGGGAAGUUUGUCAAUUUUUCCGUCAAGAAUAUUUGCUAUCGACAGAGAUACAGGGAUAAAUGCCGAAAUUGUGUACGCAAUAGAGAGUGACCACGAUAUGGCCAUGAACAUUCGGAUCAAUAACAUUACAGGAGAAGUGGAAAUUGUCAUGCCAUUUGCUAAUUUCACUACUUGGACAGAUAGUGACGUGCUGAAAAACAUCACUCUACAUGUCACUGCGACAGAAGAGUCUACUUUUUCUCAUCAAACAAACAUUAGUUUUACAAUUCUUAUAUACCGGGAUCUACCGACCACAACUAGUUUGCCAACGACAACAAACACUAAAUCAUCAACACCAACUACCGCAGCCAAUAACAGAAAAACUGAAUCUCAGAUCGAUCCUAUACUUCUUGUUGAAAUUGUUGUCCCUAUUUGUCUGGUUAUUGUUCUUGUUAUUUUUGUAAUCUGCAUGAUUCGAAGUCGGAAAAGGAGACAACGAGACACCAGAUACAAGCUAACGGAAAGUCAAAGACUUGAAAAAAUUCGAAAAUCAAAACAAAAUGAACACGAAAAUAUUGACGUCAUUUCCUCUACCCCAAUCAAUCCAUAUGAGUUAAUUAAUAUGUAUGCAAGAAUGGAUUCGGACAGGAACAGCAAAGAAGGGAGCUCAAAGUCCAGCAAAACGGAAGAUGAUUCAUCAACAUCUAAAGAAAGCGCACACUAUAACAAAAAUGAAAAUAUUAUGAAUUUACAUAGUGAAACAACCGGAAAAGAUGUAGAUCUUUAUGCGAAAGUGCGCAUACCGCGAAAAAGGCAAAAGCACACUAUGUCCUUUUUGAAUGAUGCAUUUGACAACAUUGAACAAGUAGAAAAUGAGGGCGAUUUCACUGUAUCUGAACGCGACUCAGGAGAUGAUUCGGCCAUGACAGUUUGUGACGACAAUUUGCGCGAACGGUCAAUGGAAAUUUCUGAUACGGAGGCCGAGACCGGACACAAUUAUGUUAAUACGGAAGAUGUAAGGGAAUUUCUAGAAUAAACCUUCUGAAAAGUCGAUAAUGUGAUGUUGAUGAAUUUUGAUAUUUAUAUUUUAUACAUGUAUAUGUUACAAUCGCAUAUUAAAUUUUAGACAUAAUCUAUGUUAUAUGAAUACUUUCAUCAUUUUCAUAAGGGAAUGAAAGGAUUAAAACAGAAAGAUAACUGAUAAAUGUGCUGCGUGCAUUUCCAAUUAUUUGUAUACAUAGUAUCUAUUAAAUAUAUAUAAUAAAACAGAAGCAGACCUAA